AUGGACCUUCCGGAAGGCGGGCGACAGGGGAUUUCAACUCGUCGAACGGCAGGAAAUCUGGCCAGGCAGUGGAGAACAGAGCCAGUCAAGAAUGUCAGUCUCACUGCAGAGCCCUUCGAAUGCAUUCGGCAGCCAAACGGGAUUGUGAAAGAAUUCACGAUCAACAUCGACGACAGUGCUCGACUCGUGUCCAAGCCUCACUGUAUCGCGGGAAGGGCCACAAGUGUCUUCCCAUUGCCGGACCUCACCUCCAUACAGGUCCCGUCUACGCAGACGCUAUCCGGAGAGGUACCAACCACUAGGAAUUAUGUUUGGACAGGUCAAACCAACGCGAAUAAUUACAUCAAGAAUUUGCCAUCGUUGCCUAUCUGGAGUUUCGUACAAUUCACUGACCCCACUGCGGCGACCUAUAACCUCGUUAUACGGGCCUCUCGGGUCACUCAAUUGCUUAUCUUCGAAGAAUUGAAGCCAAUACACAAGGAAGUGACAGGCCUAGAGUUCAUCAAGGCCUGGGCUGAAGUUGUGAAAUGUCAUCGCUUUUUGCACGAAUGUGGAUUUGAACACAGCGACCCUAGCCUCUGGAACAUGAUGUAUGAUGUCCGCCGACGUUGCGGUGUCCUUACCGACUUCGAUCUUGCUCUUCCGCCCGGUUCUUCUACACCUGCUGGCUUUGAGAGAACGGGAACUGUUCCUUUCAUGUCUUUGGAACUUUUAACACCAGCAUACUGGGACGGGAAGAUAUUGAGGCGAUAUCGCCAUGUGCUAGAGGCACUCAUCUGGGUCCUUGUCUUUGUCCUCAUGACCUACAACGACAAGAAAUUAGGCGAAGAUCGCAUGGGCACGGGAGCCUGGACGACAUCUAAUUAUUUGCAGUGCGCGAAGGAAAAGGACCAUUUCUUGCUCAGUGGCGAAUUCAUUGUUCAAAACAGCUUCGGCGGGCCUGAGGCGGAAUUGGCGUCGGAGCUCAUUGGCUGGUUGGGUAGUGAGAGACUUCGUCUAGCGACAGCGACGCGGCCCGGGAGAGCAUACCGACAGCAUGCACAAUUGGAGGCGAUACAAGUACCUCUUUCAAGCAAGCAGAAGCAAGUUCAGGAGGACAAGGAGGUGUGGGACAAGUUCACUGAGGUGAUCCUUUCCGUCGCCCAAGAGUUCACCAUGCUUUCCGAGGUAUCCAACAUCUUGAACUAA